AUGCCCCAACUUUGCCCAUACUCCAGAAAGAUGUGCUCUCGUGGGUCUUGCCACAGCCACGAAACCUCCUGCCACGAAUCCCGCUCCUCCUGCCACGACUCGGGGCCUUCCUGCCAUUACACCAUCCAGAGGCAGCCUGUGCAGAAGUACAGCUACGUGACGCCCUGCUGCCCCCCCGUGCAGCCUUACUGCCCCCCCGUGCAGCGCUACUGCCCUCCUGUGCAGCCCUAUUGCCCCCCCAUGCAGCGCUAUUGCCCCCCAGCCCCCUACUGCCCCCAGUACACCAAGAACAUCUGCAAGCUGCCGCCGACAUGCCCCAAGUACUAG